AUGACGGAAGCCAAGGAAAAGACAACUACACCAUACAUGACAAAAUACGAACGCGCAAGAGUUUUGGGCACUCGAGCGCUUCAAAUUAGUUUAAACGCACCCGUCAUGGUCGAUCUGGAUGGUGAAUCGGAUCCGUUGGUGAUUGCCAUGAAGGAACUGCGGGAGAAGAAGAUUCCCUUGGUUGUACGGCGGUUCUUGCCAGAUGGAACGUAUGAAGAUUGGCACGUAAAAGAGUUGAUUGUAGAGUAA